AUUGCAUUUGCACAUGAUUCAACUCGUGUGAUCCAGUGUUACAUUCAGUAUGGUAAUGAAGAACAGAGAAAACAGGCUUUUGAAGAACUGCGAGAUUAUUUUGUAGAAUUAAGUAAAGCCAAAUACUCCAGAAAUAUAGUUAAGAAAUUUCUAAUGUAUGGAAAUAAGCCACAGAUUGCAGAAAUAAUCAGAAGUUUUAAAGGCCACGUGAGGAAGAUGCUACGGCAUGCAGAGGCAUCAUCCAUUGUGGAAUACGCAUACAAUGACAAAGCCAUUUUGGAGCAGAGGAACAUGCUGACAGAGGAGCUCUAUGGGAACACAUUUCAGCUUUACAAGUCAGCAGAUCACCCAACACUGGACAGAGUGUUAGAGGUACAGCCAGGAAAAUUAGAACUUAUUAUGGAUGAAAUGAAACAGAUUCUAACUCCAAUGGCCCAAAAGGAAGCUGUGAUUAAGCACUCAUUGGUCCAUAAAGUAUUCUUAGACUUUUUCACAUAUGCACCCCCAAAACUCAGAUCUGAGCUGAUUGAAGCUAUCCGGGAAGCAGUGAUAUACCUGGCACACACACACGAUGGCGCCAGAGUGGCCAUGCACUGCCUUUGGCAUGGCACGCCCAAGGAUAGAAAAGUGAUUGUGAAAACCAUGAAGACUUAUGUGGAAAAGGUGGCUAAUGGCCAAUACUCUCAUUUGGUUUUACUGGCAGCAUUUGAUUGUAUUGAUGACACUAAGCUUGUGAAGCAGAUAAUCAUAUCAGAAAUUAUCAGUUCCUUGCCCAACAUAAUAAAUGAUAAAUAUGGAAGAAAGGUCUUGUUGUAUUUACUGAGGCCCAGAGAUCCUGCCCAUACAGUCCGAGAAAUCAUUGAAGUUCUGCAAAAAGGAGAUGGAAACGCUCACAGUAAGAAAGAUACAGAGAUCCGCCGUCGGGAGCUCUUGGAGUCCAUUUCUCCAGCUUUGUUAAGCUACCUGCAUGAACAUGCCCAAGAGGUGGUGUUAGAUAAGUCUGCAUGUGUGCUAGUGUCCAACAUUCUGGGGUCUGUCACUGGAGAUGUUCAGCCUGCCAUGGAUGUCAUCGCUAGCUUGGCAGCAGCAGAACUACAUCCGGGUGGCAAGGAUGGAAAGCUUCAUGUUGCCGAACAUCCUGCAGGACAUCUUGUUCUGAAGUGGUUAAUAGAGCAAGAUAAAAAGAUGAAAGAAAAUGGGAGAGAAGGUUGUUUUGCAAAAACACUUGUAAAACAUGUUGGUAUGAAGAACUUGAAGUCCUGGGUUAGUGUAAAUCGAGGUGCAAUUAUUCUUUCCAGCCUUCUUCAAAGUUCUGAACAAGAAGUUGCAAACAAAGUCAAAGCUGGACUGAAAAGCCUGAUUCCCACAUUGGAAAAAAACAAAAACACCAGCAAAGGAAUAGAAACUCUGCUGGAAAAACUGACUACAUAGAUGGAAACAGAACAGAUUCAUUCAGUUUUCCCAUUCUCU